CACAAGAGAAGGAGAGACACUCAGGAAGUUGACAGGGGAAGUUUAGUGGUUUUUUUGCGUCAUCAUUUUAUGCUGCUUCUUGUGUGCCGUUGCAGAGUGAAGGCUGGAAGACUAAAAGUUUGUCCCAAGACUCCAGCUUUACAAUGCGAUACAGCUCACCAGGGUGGCAAAGUUCACAGAGGCAGCAGCAUCAGCAGCAGCAGUGCAACAGAAUCCCUGAAAUGCAAAGCUCCUCCACAAAGUCACUGUCACACUAAGAGGAGUCGGCGAGCACAUCCAACCGCAGGCAGCCGGCAGAGUGAGCAGGCAGAGGAGCGCCGGCCGUUCUGAAUGUGUGGGGGGAACUGAAGGCAGGAAGAGAUGCGGAGAGUUCGAAGAAAAGGGGGCAACAAAGAGAAGGUGUUUGGAUGUGAUCUGCUGGAGCAUCUCACCACCUCCAGUCAGGACAUUCCCCCAGUGUUACGCACCUGCAGUGAGUUUGUGGAGCAACAUGGGAUCGUGGAUGGAAUCUACCGCUUGUCUGGAGUUUCUUCUAAUAUCCAGAAACUAAGGGGUGAGUUUGAGAACGACGGGGCUCCAGAUCUGAACAAAGAUGUCUACCUGCAGGACAUCCACUGCGUCAGCUCUUUGUGUAAAGCCUAUUUCAGAGAGCUGCCCAACCCUCUACUCACCUACCAGCUGUAUGACAAGUUUGCUGAGGCAGUGGCCAUCCAGCUGGAAGAGGAGCGGCUGAUAAAGAUCAGGGAUGUUCUGAAGGAGCUACCAGAGCCUCAUUACAGGACUCUGGAGUUUCUGAUGCGACAUCUGGUCCGGAUGGCUUCAUAUUCCUCAGAGACCAACAUGCAUGCUCGCAACCUGGCCAUCGUCUGGGCCCCCAACCUGCUCAGGUCGAAGGACAUUGAGGCUUCUGGAUUCAACGGUACAGCAGCCUUCAUGGAAGUUCGAGUCCAGUCCAUCGUGGUGGAGUUCAUCCUCACUCACGUCCCUCAGCUGUUUCCUCUUGAAGGUGCACCUGCAGAGAGAAGGAAAUCCCUCCCCUCUCCGACAGCGCUACCCAAUCAGGACGUCCUGUUCUUCAAGUCCUCGGGUUCUCAGCCUAACUUUGGGAACAUCAGUCCUGGAGACGGACCCCUGGCGAUCAGACCCUACCAUGCAAUAAUCGAAGGCACAGACAAGAGGAAAGGAUCGCUUAAAGGCAGGAAAUGGAUGUCCAUUUUUAACAUCGGAGGACGAUUCCCAGACCCAAGAAAGAAACACAAACAUUCCACCAAGGAAAAAGACAGAACGCCUUUAAGACCUGCAAGAAGCAUGGACUCGCUCAGCACGCCGUCCUAUCCCAACGAAGGUUCCAGGCGUUCUGGGCCCCGUCCUCCAUCCAGCAACAUGUCCCCUGCCAUCACCUCCUCUCAGCCUCCCUCAGACACCCCAGCAUCCGGCGGUGGAUUGGGUAGCAGCGAAUACGCAGUAACCUACCGCAGAGGGACGGGCUUAGUGAGCGGAGGUGCAGGGACACAGGGUACCUACACAGCUCUGGACCCUGAUGGUUUAGUGAUACCAGGCAGCGAGGGGAUCCAUUCCAGGUCCCCAGGACUCUCCAACAAAGCUAGAAGAGCUGCCAUGCACAUCACAGGCCCCACCCUUGUAACAGUGCCGCUACAUAUCACCUCUAACCUGGCGUUAGGAGUGCUUCAGGGGGGUGGCGACAGGGUUAUCCUCCGUGGAAGAGACAAGGAUGGAGGGGAUAAGCAGGAAGGCAAGGAGGCAGGGGGGAAGAUUGAGAUUAAGGAACCCAAAGGAAUGGAGUGGAACGUAGAAGCGAGCAAAAAUGAUGAGCAAAAGGACACGAGUCAAAAUGAAAAAGAAGACUUGGACACAGCAGGAAAUAAACGGGUAGGAGGAGACUCUGGAGAGGUGAAGGAUGAAGGAGUUAAAGAGAAAGGAGACAAGGAGUCAGGAAAAGAUGGCAAGCACAAAGAGGAGACACAGAUCGGAAACCAGCAUGUGGCGAGUGAGAAACCUUCUGAAAGCUCCGUCACAGGGGAAGGUGAUCAAGAAGACUUCGCAGACGAUGAUCAAGGCAGCGAAUACAUGGAAAUGAAAUUUUCAGAGCAAAGCCAUUACCAGGCAGCAGCAGCAGCCUCACUGCAUGAAGAUGAUGGUGAGUCUGAACCUAAAGAUUUCCUAAACUCGACUGAAGUAGAGGGAGACGAGGAAGACCAAAAACUGUCGGGCUACGUUCAAGAUAACUUUGAAUUCCUGGACCUAAUGGACCAAAUGGAUUAUAGUGCCAUGGACCACAUGGACUGCAGCAUGUCCUAUCAGGUUAAUGAGUUCUCCGUGGAGCCUCCUUGUCACUCUGAUGACGAGUAUGAAAUGAUGGCUCAUGCUGAACGACCAACCCAGAGUGUAACAGAGUUUAAACCACACAGACCACUCAGCCUGGACCUGCACAGUCGACACACUAAAUCCCUCAGUCUGCCCUACAUGAAGUCACCCGUCGACGGCCCCGUGGAAAACUCUAGCUCAGAUGAAGAGGUUUCGGAAGACGAUGGCGAUGGAGAAAAUUAUAGCAGUGAGGAAGAUGAGAGCAUGUUUGUGAAGAGCCUGCCGUCUGACUUCUUUCUAAACACUCUGUCUGGACUUGAAGACUUUCCCAGUCCUGACAGAGACCUGCUUGAUUCGUUACGGGGAGAAGAAGAAAGAAGUUACCAACCACUGGAUGUUGAACUUCCUGUUUGUACGGAACCCACUGAGCACGUGCAGGAGAAAGCUGGAAAUGAUGAAGAAAGACAAGAAACAAAAGAGAUGGAACAGAAUGAAGUUCACCAUGAAGAUCAGCUUGAAAUGGAUACAAAGAGCAGAACAAUAGAAGACUCUCAGAGAGCUACAGAAGACGGUCCAACUGAAAACUGCCUAGUUUCAGAAACAUCAGCAGGCUGCUGUGAGGAGCUCGAGCUGCCGAGAAUCCAGGGCAAUCAGGAAAUCAACAACUUGACUGAAACAGAGUUUGAGAGCGGGAAAGAGGUUCUAGAUAAGUCCGAAGAUGCUUCUCUUCCUCCAACACAACACCCUGAAAGCUGUGCCAUGGAGGAUGUUACAGAUGAACACAACACGUCUGGACAUUCUGCUUCUAGAGAACCAGACUGUGUUGAAGGACCCAUCCACAGAGAACACAAUGAGGAAGACAAUUCAGACAGUAGGACAAACAGUGACAUUUGGAGCGAGCUUGAGGAUGUUGUAUGCGAAGUGAUUGAGGAUGAGGAGAGCAAACACUCUGAGAGGAAUGCUGCUGAAGAGGCAGAUGGAGAAAAAGAUGGAGAAGCAGAGGAGGAAGGUGAAACGAACAAGACAGAAGAUAAAAUGGAGGAGGAAGAGGAGCCAAAUGUAGGAAAACCUAUAGAUGAAGCAAUGGCGCAGGAGAGAAAUGAGCUUGAGCUUAACCAAGGAGUUCUGCAUCAUGGCGUAGAAGAAGUGGUUUCAGAAGAAACAGAAAAGGAGAAGGAAGACAAGGACAGAGCCGAAAGCAGAACACAACAGAGUGCUGAUAAACAGCCGCUGAUCUCAUCUGAUAUUAGGGACUCAAAGGAAGGAAGUAUGCCUGCGAAUGGUGACAGUGGCUUAGGAUGUGUUGGGAGGAAGCUGGUCGUCUCCAAGGAGCCUAAGAUUUACCAGGUCAAGGCUGUGCCGGUUGUUCCCCCAAAGCCUCAACACUGCAAAAUGACUGCUAUGACCCUACGCCACCAGCAGCAGCAGAGAGACAGGCGAGACAACACCCUGAAGGUCCCCGCUGAGCAGGAGCGAGAAGGAGAGGGAGACCGGGAGAAUGCAGAAAAAAAGGACAGGCCGUCCACACUCAGGGAGAAGAAGAGGGACGCUCUGGAAGGGGGCGUAAGGGAUGCAAAGAGGAACAGCCCACUCAGCAUGUGCUUCGAUGAGGCUGUGGCCAUCGCUACCCUGAGGAGAGAGAAAGAACGAGGGCGUGAAGGAGACGCGGACUGAGAGGGACUGGGAAAGUCAAACAGUGAAGGUGGAACUUCAUUUUAGGCAACUGUGGGAUGCAGCCUCAGAUGAUGCUGAGAAAACUCUGUGCCCAUUUAUAAGAGUCCAAGCAUCACUGUUGAAAAUAACUGCUGGCAUUUUUGUCACCAUUGUUAAUAUCUAGUUUUACUGGUUUACAGGCACCAUGGUGGCUUUGUUGUCCUUAUCUAAAGAUAAAAUGUAAGGACCAAAUUGCCUCUUUGGUUAGGAUGUUUAAAAAGCCUCGAAAUAAAUCCACCAUUUGCUUCAGCAGAAUGAUCUCCCAUCAAAAACACUUUCCUCAGUUCAACAGUGGAAAAUACUCUCAUAAAAAAGGAUUUAUUUUAAAGGACGAUCUCAUCCCUGCUCAUCCGGCAAACUAUCUAUUUUAUCAUUUGGAAAUAAACUUCCCGUACUUAACUGAUAUGUUUCCUUGUCUUUUCCAUUUUGAAGAAAAGGUAAGUGUAUUUUUAAACCCCAGAAACAAAUAAAAAUGAUGCUACAUAACACAAUUUUAGCACGUUAUGUAAAAUGAUCUAAAAUAUGAGAAUUUUACCCCACUGAAUAAAUGUACUCAAAUAACAUUUUUUUUUUUCAACUUUUCCUUCAAUUUCUACUGUGAGAUUAUAUCACUGUUAUUAAAGAUUAAUAUCAAUGAAGGAUUUUUAUGCAUCUUUACCUGUUUUCUUCUCUUUUGGAGUUUUUUUUUUGCAUCUAUCAGGUAAAAAAUAAAUAACAGACGUUUCAAAUACAUGGAUAACAGUUUGUUUUCAAUGGUCAUGGGAUGAUCUGGCCAGAUUCAGUCAUUUAUUAUUACAUUUAGGUGGACAUUACAUCCUAAUGUCAGGAUGGUUAAUCAGGGCGUUAUUAAUGAAAUGCCUUAUGGAUUUUAUAUGUAUUCUUUUUUUAAAUAACAUCAAAUAAAUGUAAAUCUUGAGGUGAAGCAAAGUAUUAAGUGCUGCUGUGACAUCAAACAUCACAAGAAUAAACAGCCUUUUUAAGAACUAAUAUUUUUUUAUGUGUGACGAUUGUAUAAAAAAAGCAUUUUACUUUGUUUACCGGCAUUUUGAUUCUCAAGGUUUGUCUUGGAAAUGGCUCUUUGGCAGUUACUGUUUGCACUUAUUAUAAAAAGGUGGUGUACAUAAAUAGUUUAUCUGAAAUGUCUGGUUUAAGGCUGAUAAAUAA